GUCAUUAGGCAUCUCCUAAUGUAUCUCUGGUAUUAUGAAACGAAGACAAAAGAGGAAACAUCUAGAAAAUGAAGAGUCCCAGGAAACUACUGAGAAGGGAGAAGGAAUCUCAAAAUCCCAAGAAGAUGCCCCUAAGCCUGGAUCCACUGAAGUGACAAAAGACUGGAACCUUGGUGUAUGGGAGGUCUCUUCUGCCUCUGAAUACUAUUCGUGUGUUUCUUCUCCAUACAAGCUCAUCCAUGCAGGAGUCCAGAAGAUACAUCAAGACAGUCUGAGGCCUAGAUCACCCCUGUUCCGAAUUCAAGAACAAGGAGAGAUUUCUUACCACUCACAAGUCUCCGUGCCUUCCCUUUCAUCUUAUAAGACCUGUAGAUCCUCUCUGUGUGGAAACAAAAAGGUACGGUGCAUGAAAAUAUACUACAUGGAGGUACAAACGAAGAAAGGUGUAGCUGUCUCCUGGGAGACAGAGAAAACCUCAGAAUCAGUAGAAAAACAUCCGAGGAUGGAAGAAAUGACCCUUCCUAAGGACGUUUGGGUAGGUACUCCCCCCUCUGAGGUGUCCACCAGAAAUCUCCUGCCAGACAGUGAGCUCAGUGGGGAGGAGAAAGAACAUGAGGAAAGGGCAGAGUCAGAUAGCCCACCAGCGUCACCUGCAGUUGAGGAGAGACCCAGGGCCAGGACGCCUGACUGGCUGGUGACCACUGAGAAUGGCUUCAGGUGCAUGGCCUGCUGCCGGGUCUUCUCCACCUUGGAAAACCUCCAGGAUCAUGUGCAGUACGGGAUCAGGGAGGGCUUCAGCUGCCAUGUCUUUCAUCUCACCAUGGCUCAGCUGACAGGCAAUAUGGAAUUGGAGAGCACCCAGGAUGAGGAAGAGGAGGAUGAGGAAGAGGAACAAGAAGAAAAUGAGGAUGAGGACCAGCAGCCCACAGGAGAAGGCCUUAGCAUGAAGAGACCGUGGAGCCAGUGUCCAGGCUUCGUGUUUCAUUCUCCAAAGGACAGGAAGUGA